UAGGCGGUGGAGUCACGCUGCCCAGCCCAAACUCACGUAGCCUAUUUCUCUCCGCGCGGCGUCGUGCUGCUGAGGAUCUUCCUCUAAAUCAAAGCAACUUCUGGAGCAGUAUUCAUCCACACCGACUUUAAAGUAAAGUACAGUAAAGUACAGUAAAGGAAAGAAAAUGGCUCAGUUUAACAAAGGACCCGCUUACGGUUUAUCAGCUGAAGUUAGGAGCAAGAUUGCUCAGAAGUAUGACCUACAGAAGGAGGAGGAGCUGCGCUUCUGGAUCGAGGAGGUCACCGGCAUGCCGAUUGGAGAGAACUUCCAGUUGGGGCUGAAGGACGGCGUCAUCCUUUGCGAGCUAAUCAACAAACUCCAGCCUGGCUCUAUAAAGAAAAUUAACCACUCCAAACUCAACUGGCAUAAGCUGGAGAACCUGGGCAACUUCAUCAAAGCCAUUCUCACAUAUGGCCUGAAGCCAAAUGACAUAUUUGAAGCCAAUGACUUGUUUGAGAAUGGAAACAUGACGCAGGUCCAGACCACAUUGCUCGCCCUGGCUGGCAUGGCAAAGACCAAAGGCUUGGACACCAAGGUUGAUAUUGGUGUGAAGUAUGCAGACAAGCAGGAACGCUCGUUCAACGAUGAGAAGUUAAAGGCUGGAAACUGUGUCAUUGGCUUACAGAUGGGGACAAAUAAAUGUGCCAGUCAGGCUGGUAUGACUGCUUAUGGCACCCGAAGACAUCUUUAUGAUCCAAAGACCCAAACAGACAAGCCUUAUGACCAGACUACCAUUAGCCUGCAGAUGGGCACCAAUAAGGGAGCAAGUCAGGCUGGCAUGGGUGCCCCCGGCACCCGGCGAGACAUCUACGACCAGAAGGUGUCUCUGCAGCCGAUGGACAACUCCACCAUCUCUCUGCAGAUGGGCACCAACAAAACAGCCUCGCAGAAGGGCAUGAGUGCCUAUGGUCUGGGCAGGCAGAUCUACGACCCCAAAUACUGCCCCUCAUCUGGGGAGCCUGGAGCCCACACCAACGGCAGCCAGGGCACCGGCACCACUGGAUCCGAGGUCAGCGACACUGACUACCAGGCUGACUACCAAGCAGAAUACCACCAAGAGUACCAGCCGCAAUACGAUGAGUACCGUGGCCACUAUGACCAGGGCAUCGAUUAUUAGGUGGCUGAAUUACAGUGUUCAGAUCAAGAAGAUUUUUUUUUCCUCCUUGUUUUGGUUCUUAUUUCAACAGAGCAAGAUUUCUUUCCUUGCUGGCCUUACAAACUGAUGCAGAGGGAGCAAAAAGUUGCCUUAAUACUCAUUCCUGUGUAGAUUGUCAGUAUUGUAUUUUUUUUUUUUUUCUUAAUUACUGAGAAUUAUGUUUGGAACAUUUUUUUUUUCCUUUUUUAAAGCCUGUUUUAACCUGGGUGUUUUUGGAAGUGUGCAGCCUCUCCCUCAGAGUCUUCUUUGUCCUCCUGUAAUUUGAUUUAGUUUGAUUACGGGACGUUCAUCUCAUUCUGGCUGUGUCUCAUUGUCUCAGUGCUCUUGGACUCUGAGCUCAAGGACAGUGGGAGGGGCUUGAGUACCUCUUCCUGAAAGUUUGCUUAGUUUCCCAUGCCCGGACAGGAAGCUGUCAAGUCCCUAGCUGUCGUUUUUAAACACAAAGCCUCUUUUAGAUUCAUUGGCCUUUAAUUAGUUUGAUCUAACAGUGGUUUUGUUACUUGUGCCAUAUAUUUCUCCUCUUUUAGGCAACCUUUCCUUUUCUGUUGUAUUCUUUGCUUUUGUAUUUAUUGCCACUGUCACUUGAUAUGGUCCUGUCAAAUUAUUUUUUAAUGAAUAAAUUUUUACAUAUGACA